AAUCAUGAGAACACCAUGAACGGAAACAGCGUUCGACCACAACACAAGGUGUCCAGGGACAUGAAACUCAAUCCACAGCAAGCUCCUCUCUAUGGGCGUUGUGUCAUCACGGUUCAGCUCGCUGAUGAAGAGCUGGCUGAGGAUGAGGAUGGCGUGGAUUACUUCCUGCUGUUCGCUGGCAGCACACAGAGACACUUGACCAGCACCCUAAGGAGCAGCCAUGACACCCUGCAGGCGCUGUGUCCCGCCCACGACUGCUGCGAGGCGGUGUUUGUCACUCUGUGUUCAGCGAGCCGCGGCCCCCCCGAGGAUCUGAACCCGGGUCAUGUGACUCCGCUGGGCGAACAUCGAUUCAGCUUCGUCCAGGAUUUGGCUUUUGACAUGGCCCAGUUCCUGGUGAGCACCGCGGGGCGCUCUGACGGCCUCGAUGGCGCUCUGCUGCUGGACGAGUGUCAGAUUCCCCUGCAGGAGUGUGAGCGUCUGGACGAGAGCCUGGAGCUGGCUCUGCACCACCUCCUCCUGCCGCCAGGGUGGAGCUUACUGGGCAACAAACUCUCCAACAGCACUGACCUGGAUCCUCAGGAGACUCUGCUCCACUUCUCCGCUCGUCGGGGUCUUUAUCGGGUCACACACUUCCUUCUGCAGCAACCUGGAGCGAGAGAAGCUCUGCGAUUGGUCAACAGACAAGGCCACACCCCCUCCGCUGUUGCAGAGCUGAGAGGAAACGAACGCCUCGUCGAGCUCCUCACACAGGCUGAGACGGACAGAGACACUGAGAGCGUCCAGCCGGUGUGUACGGACGCACGGGUAGUCUGCCACCUCCCCAGGCUGAACACACAUACCCUGACGCUAAGGAUACACCCCGGCCUCGACCCCCCGACCCUCCAGAGGAGUGUGGAGCAGCUGCUGCACCUGAAACACCAUCUCAAGGGGGUUUCUGUACUGGAGCUGCACUUUGAUUCUCUGCACACAGCAGCUGAAUGUUGUGAUGGUGUGGAGGAGAUAACCUGUCAGGAGCGACUACAGCUGUCGGAGAGCUCGGAUACAACAAGCUGGGUGGGAAACUGCUCCGUGGAAAGCAGCAGCAGUGUUGAUUGUGGACAUGGUGAGACUGGGAGUGCAGAGAGAGACUUGUGUUUGUCUCUGAGCGCUCCAACGUCAGACACAAGGCCUCAGGAGCAUGGCCUCGGGCCCCGGGUGUGUCUCCGUUCAAACACUGGGAGAGAUUACUGCCAAACGGAGCAGGAGGGAAGAGGGCAGCCUGUGGUUCCCACCCAGAGUUUGAGCAGUGAAGCAGCAGCAGAAGAGGAAAGCCUCACUGUGGGAAUCUGUCUACCACCAACUGAAGGCAGUGAUAAACAGGCGGAGGAAACUGAUAAAGACGAGGCUGUGAUCUGGGAAGGACAGGAGGUCAAGGAGGGAAAGGACAGAUCAGAGCAGGAAGCCGAGGAAAGCACAGUUAGAAAGAGGGAGGAGGACACGGAGUCAACAGAUCCGAUAACGCCCUGUGGAGACGUAAAAACCUCAAUCAUGGGCCAGUCGCCGUCGUCACAGGGCUCUGAGGUUUCUGACGCCUCUGACUCUGAAAUUAAAGAGUGCUGUGAGGAAGGAGGGACUAAUGGGGAAGUCUCUUUAGAGCAGGAAGGGUUAACAGAGCUUGUAUCCGACCCCAGUCCAACACUGAUAGACGGCGCUGAUGUAAUCAAGGAGCCUCAAUCUGCUCUCUCGAUAGAAGGCCUCCACGAGGGGGAACCUCCACCAGACAUAAACAGCCGGGAACAAAACCAGGAAACAGCUGGUAGGGAUUACGCUUCAGAGCAGCAGCAGGCAACAGAAACUGGUUGUCAUUCUGGGAGUGUAACGGCCAGCGAAGGAGAGGUCGACGAUGAAGCAGAACCUUCUGGAUGCAGCGCUGAAAGUUUGUCAAUGGACGAUCCUGAGGACACCGCUAAUUGCGUGGCUCCUGCUAACUCCAUGGAGGAUAUAAGAGCUGAUCCAUCACCUGAUCUCAUCCCCAGCUCCAGUGAUACACACGCUGAUCAAGAUCCAGAGAUGAGCCAUGGCAUCUCCAGCGAUGACGAUGAUGGUAGUUUCCGAUCAGUGGGAAGCUCCACAACGGAUAUAUUCCACCCGUCUCAGGAUAAUGCUAGUGUGGCGGAUCAGGACGCAGGUCAAAGUAAUGUAGAAGAUGUUUCCUCAACAGGAUUAAAGAUGGAGGAGGAUUCCAAUGAUUCAAGAGAAGGUGAAAGCAAUGGACCAAGCGUGGUUGAGACGGACACUUUGACAUUAACGGACUGCAGCCACACUGAGCCAGAAUCACAACUUUUACCCAACUUCGAGACAAAAGAGGCGUUGAAUCCUGAGGAAAACGUCGAGGAACUUACUGCAGAACUUUCCAUGGAUCUAUUAUUGUCUGAAAGUGCAGACGCUCCGAUGACGGUAGAUGACGCCGAACCUGAAGAGGCCACAAACUCUGAUGCAAAAUGCGCAGUCUCUGCAUUGGAUUCAGAGGACACCAGCAGUGUUUUAUUUGAAGCUAGUGCAUCUCCUGCAGAAGAAAGCGAAGCAAUUAGCUCCCUUGAACAUCAGUCAAAUGACACCAGUGAUGAAUCUGCAGCUGGAAAGAGUGGAGACGUGCAAUCGGGGCAACCCAAACAGGAUAAUUCAGAGAUGACAGCGGAUGAAAGGUCACCUGAUGAGAGAUUAAGGCACUCAGAGGAUCAGAUCAAUGCGUCUUUAUCCAAUGGUGUCACUCCGCUGAGCAAUGAAGCAUCCGGCGGACCUGAUGCUGAGAACGAGACGACUGGAAAUCCUGAGACUCUCGACUCAUUGGACGGAGAACCACAAAGGCCCAGCGGUGCACUUCAAGAGGGGGAAGUCAUCGUGUCUGAAGAAGCUGUUGUUGCUGCAGGAGAGGAAGAUGAUGUUCGCUCAGAGGAAGCACACAGCUCCACGAUCCACCGAGACAGAGAGGCGUCGUUUCAUCAGCCGUGCAACACUCAACUCUCAGGUUCCUCCCAGCCCUCAGAGUUCCCCAGUCUCCCCAGUAGAACCAGCAGCUUUCCCUCCAGCGCUCUCAGAGACUCGGGCAGCGACAUCGAGAGCCUCCUGAGCGCAGAGCCGGGAUACGACAGCGUCUUCAGAAAGAGCGAUGACCCAGUGACGGGGGGAGACAGCACCAGCGAGGUUUCCGUCUCCGUCUCCUGCUCCUCCACCGACGAGACCAGCUCCAGCCUCGAGGGAAACCAGGGCCUGGAGUGCAGCUGGAGCCCAGAGGAGAGCAUCAAAUCUGGGGCUCCAGGAGGAGGAGGAGGAGGAGAGGCUGAGGAAGAAGCCAAAGACAGAGUGACGGAGGUGCCGCGGCGCUCCAGUAUUCUGAGGAACAGUAUCCGCUCUCUGUCUCCGCUCCGACGCCACAGCUGGGGACCGGGGAAGAACAACGGAGGAGACGCCGAGAUGAACCACAGGAGCUACAGCCUGGAGGGUCUCAGCGGGAUCCAGGAGGAUCUGAGGGGCCCGGUCACAGCUCAGAGGCCCCUCAGAGUCCUGGAGCCCUCGAGGAGACAAGAUUACCGGGGAUCACUGGUGUCUCUGAGCGAGAUCCAGGAGGAGCAGAGGAAAUCGAGGCGCUAUCGGCCCCUGAGGAACAGCUGUCCCCCGAUGGCCCUCCCUCUCACCAAGUCUGUGUCCAUGCUGGCCAUCAGCCAGAGAGACCUCGAUGGUAUGAGGUCGUUUUCCAGCGCCUCUGGGUCACUAGCAUACAGUAUAUCAGAGGAGGAGCCCGGCCCUCUGCGCAGUGACGUUGAUGGAAAGAGUACGACGAAAGUCAGCCGGACCUUCAGCUACCUCAAGAACAAGAUGUACAAGAAGACCAGGGAGAAGGAGAAGAAGGAGAAAGAUAAGGAUGGGAAGGAGAAGGAGAAGAAGGCGAUAAACGGACAUCUCUUCUCCCCGCUGACCCCAGGUCAGGGUCAGUGCUUCCAGUGCAGCAAAGCCUUCAACAGCAAGGAGGCCUUCCUCUGCUCACAUUGUAACGCCUCGGUCCAUAAGAGUUGCAGGGACUCACUUCCAGUUUGUGCGAAGGUGAAGAUGAAGCAGUUCUCAGUUCCAGACUCCGUCCCCUUCCCCACGGUCACCAUGAGGAACAAAACUGGUGGGACGAGGGAGCGUCCGUGGUCGGCCAUCAUGUCUCCGGAGGACCACUCCUCCUCCUCCUCCUCCCUCGGGCUGUCGUCACGGAGACACACCAGCAUCAUGGGUUUCCAUGGCAACAAUCUGUCCAAGAGUCUGUCCAUUAGCAACAUUGCCGGUCCGGUGUUUGACGACAUUCCCAUCCGAGGCCUGCGGUAUCUCUCCCAGUCCACUGACUCUCUGAACAGAACCAACCAGGUCACUGAGUCCAUGGAGUCGCUCACUGACGAAGGGACGGAGAUGAUGGACGGACAGCUGAUGGGGGAGUUCGAGGCGGAGGCCAGAGAGAUGGAGGCGGACUCCUGGAGUCUGUGUGCAGAGCAGGAGUAUCUGCAGCAGCUGGACAAAGAGCUGGUGAAGAAACAGGACGUCAUCUACGAGCUGAUGCAGACGGAGUUGCAUCACAUCCGCACGCUGCGCAUCCUGUCGGAGGUGUACAGACACGGGCUGCAGAAGGAGCUGACGCUGGAGCUGCAGACGGUGGAGAGGCUGUUCCCCGUGCUGGACGAGCUGCUGGAGCUCCACACGCAGCACCUCCUGCGCCUCCUGGAGAGGAAGAGGGAGAGCCAGCUGCAGGCGGGGGCACGGGGGGGGAGAGCCAUCCACCGGAUAGGAGACCUCCUGCUGGGACAGUUCUCAGGAAGCAACGGGGAGAGCAUGAAGAGGGUUUACGGACGAUUCUGCAGCCGCCACAACGAAGCUGUGAACCUUUACAAAGAACUGCUGACCAAAGACAAACGCUUCAAAGCCUGCAUCAAAAAAAAGAUGAGUAGCAGCAUUGUGCGGAGGCUUGGUAUCCCAGAAUGCAUCCUGCUGGUGACCCAGAGGAUAACGAAGUACCCGGUGCUGAUUCAGAGGAUGCUGCAGCACACGAGAGAGAGCGAGGAGGACCACGAGGACCUCUCUCUAGCGGUGCGCGUGGUGAAGGAAGUGAUUGCGGCCGUGGACAGCAAGGUGAACGACCACGAGAAGAGAAAGCGUCUGAAGGACUUCCACGGACGCAUGGACUCUAAGUCCAUCAUGAUGAUGAAGAGUGGGCAGAUCUUCGCCAGAGAGGACCUGCUGAGGCGGAGGCUGGUGCACGACGGGGGGCUGCAGCUGAAGAACGUCCAGGGGAGGCUGAAGGAUGUCCACGCUCUGCUGCUAUCGGACGUCUUCGUCUUCCUCCAGGAGAAAGACCAGAAAUACAUCUUCUCCAUGCUGGACCAGCGCUCCACGGUGAUCUCCCUCCAGAAGCUGAUCGUGAGGGAAGUUGCUAACGAGGAGCGCGGCCUCUUCCUCAUCACGGCGGGCAUCGAGAAGCCGGAGAUGAUGGAGGUGCUGGCCGGAUCCAAGGAGGAGCGAAACACCUGGAUGCAGCUCAUCCAGGAGGCCAUGCAGUCCAUGGAGAAGGACGAGGACGAAGGGAUUCCCAGCGAGACCGAAGACGACAAGAGACAACAGGAAACAAAAAACAAGGAGAUGAGAGCGCUGUUGCGGCAGAAGGACAGUGAGAUCAUGUCUCUGCUGGAGGAGAAGGUCUCUCUCUUCAGGGGGAUGUGGGAGGGUCCGGGCCCCGCAGAGCAGCCCUUCUUCAGGUCGGCCUGCAGCCUGGAGCCCCCCCGAGGGGCGGCCAUCAUGAAGGACGCCCUGCAGGAGGUGGAGACGUUACAGGGGCUGGUGAACGGCAGCCUGGGGGGGGCGAUGGCCAGCGUGCAGGAGGGCGGAGGCUCUGGAGGAUCUGUGAGUUUACCUCGACGAGCGGAGACUUUCGGAGGCUUCGACAGCCACCAGAUGCACAGCAGCAAGAGUGGAGACGGGGACGACAGCGAGGAUUCGGCGGGGGAUUUACGCCGGACGGAGUCUGACAGCGUUUUGAAGAAGGGAGGAAACGCCAACCUGCUGCUGCUGCUGAAGAAGAACAGUGAGUCGGUCCUGAACAGUGUCUCCAACCUGCACCUGCUGCUCAGCACUCUGCAGGCGGUGGUGGUGCAGCAGGACAGCUUAAUGGAGGACCAGCGUUUGGCCCUCAGCUCUUCCUCCUCCUCUUCGUCGCGCCCCCCCCCCCCGGCCUGGGGCUCUCUGAUCGAACAGGAGAAGCAGCGCAGUCUGGAGAAACAGAGACAGGAAGUGAGCGCCCUGCAGAGGCAGCAGAACGCCCACAGUGAGGAGAAGAGGAGGAGAGAGAGGGAGUGGGAGAGGAGGGAGGAGCAGCUGCUGGAGAGGGAGGGGCUUCUGCACGGACAGGAGGAGGAGGUGCAGCAGCAGGAGCAGCAGCUGCAGGAGGAGAGGAAGGGUCUUCAGAGCAGGAAGGAGGAGUACCAGAGAGACCUGGAGAGGCUGAGGGACGCCCAGAGGAAGCUGGAGAGAGACCGAGAGGCCGUGCAGAGGCAGAUCCAGAAGAUGGAGGAGGUCACACUGUCGGAGAGGACGCCCUCCACAGCGUCGGAUGACUCCCAGUCUCUGGAGCCGGACCCCCAGCCGGACCCCCCCCCCCGCUCCAGACCCAGAGGGAAGGGCCUGAACCCGUUCAGCUCGUCCAGCCUGAAGGGCAACGAGGCCAACAAGCAGAAGAGCCUCCUGACGCUGAGCAAGAACAAGGACAAGGACAAGAAGAAGAAGAAAGGCAAAGGGGGGGGUCCGCAGGCGGCAGACCCUCAGCACCUCCCCGAGCCUCCUCUGGACGGAGAGAUCUUCUUCUGCUGAGAGACAUUCUUCCUCUUCUUCCUCCUCCUCUUCCUCUUCUUCAUCAUCAUCAUCCAUCCCUUUCAGAAGAAUGUGUUUCCGCAGAGUACAAAUACAGGCAUAAUGCUGCUGCUCCACCAGGCUUUACGGCACCUUCUAAAUCUAAUAUGUUUCCCCCCGAAUCAUAACGUAGUGAACAUUCUACUUUUCUGCCAAGAGAAAUAAGUGUUUUCUUGUGUUUUGAAAUCCACUGCUUUUAGUUUCUGCAAAAAGUCACAUAUUGUGGGGAUUUGUUAUGAGGGGAUUAAUUUAUACUUGGAACACAUGAAUUAAGCAACACAGAAAAGCAUUGUUGGGUAUUCUGCUCCACAAAACCCAAAACAAACGGUUUCCUUUGCACACACACCAAUUUCAACACACACACACCAAUUUCAACACACACACACCUACAGGCUGUUAUGUUCACUUACAGAGUGUUUUCCAACGUGACUGAGCGCUGCCACAGACGUCACCAAACACCGCUUGGAUGGAUAUACGAUUCCCAACAAGCUUGUGAAAUGCUUCUAAUCCUCCCUUAUUGACAAUUAAUAGAAGAAACCACAGAAGAACGUCUGCCUGGCAACAUGUCUACUCACCAUUUAAAGCAGAUUUGACUAAUUCUGCCUCCAGUUAGUGAGACAAAUGCAGUUUAAAUACCUCCAGUAGUCCUCUAUUAAGAUUUAAUAGCAUCGAUCUUUCUAUUGCUCUGAAUAAUGGAUAUCUUCAGAUGUGUCUCUUUCUGCAGACGUACAGUAAUGAGAGGAUUGAGACGUAUCUCCCAGCAUCUAAUGGCUCAAUUCAUACCCUUCAGCGUGCUUCAGAGGAUACGAGCCUGAUCCUCUGCGUUAUCUUCCUCCAAUGGGCUUUUAUGUCGUUGACGAGCGGGGCUUCCCUUCAUGUUUUAAUUGCAUGUAUCUGUGCAGGUAGCAUACUGAUCGCUCGUGUCUGCUCACCUCACUCUCACUUCUCAUAACAGACUGAAUGUGCACACGUUUUAAAAGGAGAUUGUUUAUUUAACGACAAAGCAGAGAGAACGAGAAGCUAAGAACACCAAAUGAUGCUACGUGUUCAAAACAUUUCAAAUGAAUCAACACUCGAGAUGUUGUGAAGCACUUUGGUCCUAAUAUGUUUUAUUUUAUUUCUUAUCAGCGAUCAAUCAUCUUUGUAUUCUGAUUUAAUCGAGGGCACUGACGCUCGUGAAAAGCCACACGGAUCCAAAAGAGAAAGAUGCUUCGGGUCCUUUUGUUAACGUUGAAAUUAAAGUAAAGACCAGUAGCUUUGAGGCAAAGUUUCCGAUACGACCUGUCUUAAUUCUUAAGCUUGAUUUAAGCCCAGAUGUAGGCACUGCCUGCUGGACAGGUAGGACGUUCAAAUAAAGGUCCUUUUCCCGGUGAUUCACAGAGCAGCGCCACGACUCCUGCCGCCUCUUUUGUCUCGUGUUUUUACUGCUUGUUUGUUAACUCGCUGUCUUUGUUGAGCAUUUGACUUCAUGUCCACGCUGGUUUAUUACAGUGUGUCUUCUUAAGAGGCUCAAAGGGCCGGCCAAGUAGCUGCUUCAUGGCUUUUGUUUAUGGCUUUGGUGUAAUACUGUCCAAGAAACAGAGGAAUGGGCUCCUUUUGUUGGUGUGCUCUGUACGGCGGCCGACAAGUGCGCUGCAACGAAAGAAACAUUUUACAUUUUCAGAAACGAUGCGAAUACAAAUAGAUAAAUGUGCCAAAACACAUGCCGUUGAAGAAACAUCUUCGCCAACUUAAGUUUGGUUUCUGCAGCUUUUAGGAAACACUGCGCAUGUUUCCUCAAGUUGCUGAAUGUUUUCUAAAUGCUGCAUGUGUUGUCAAGUUGCUGAAGAUGUGUUUUGGAACAUUUGUGUUUUUAUAUUUGCAUCCUUUCUGAAGCUGCAGCACGUUUCUCCUCAUUGGAAAUGUUUGUACCUUUCGGGCCACCGUAGUUUUGACCACUAGGAAGCACUGCACCUAUGACUAAAUCAAACAACUAGAAAGCAUGAAACUAUUUUGUUAUUUUUGUUGACAUUUCCCCGUGCUGUGAGAACAUGUUUCUCAUCAGGUCAUCGACACACGGAGAUAAUGAGACGAGCGGUGGCUCUCCCACUCUGUGACAAUUUCCCACAGCGCUUGUAAGCGACUGGCAGAACAAAUAAGUUGUCAGAGAUUGUAAUUGGUUAUUCAGUGAAUCCAGUCAUCAGCAGCUUUAAUGUGGAGAAAGGAAAGCCACAGGACAAUCAGACGACCCCCCCCCCCCCCUCCCUCCCUGCGUAGCCUUAAAUCUUGAUGAUAAAAUGCAAUGCACUAGCGAGAGGAGAGCUUUUAUACCUCUUGCUUUGAGACGACGAAGGAAAUGUUCGUACUGUAAAAGUGGUACAUGAUGGUUUCAUUCCCAACAAAUGUAAAAAAAAUAAAAAAGAAGGGCAAAUGUGUAAAUAUGAUUUAUGUAUAAAACAAAUCAAAUGUAAAAAAAAAAGGUUUCAUUUGUGAUCUAUUGCAACAUUUUGUAAGAAUGUUUUAUUUAUGUUUUAUUCUCGCCCUUAAUGGUGGGGGGAUGUAAAGUCAUUUUGCUCUGGUAAUAAAAAAAAAUCAUAAUGGACA